AUGACACGCUUCCGUCCUUGUAUCGACCUCCACGCCGGUCAGGUCAAGCAGAUUGUCGGUGGAACUCUCGAUAGUUCUUCGUCGGCCCUGCAGACAAACUUCGUCUCGCAACACCCUCCGGCUCACUUUGCCCAGCUGUACCGGGACAAUGGGCUCUCAGGAGCCCACGUCAUCAUGCUAGGCCCAGGCAACGAAGGCCCAGCAAAGGAGGCCCUUCAAGCUUGGCCGGGUGGUCUUCAAGUUGGAGGCGGUAUCAACGACAAGAAUGCAAAGGAGUGGAUGGAUGCAGGCGCGGAAAAGGUCAUCAUCACGUCCUAUCUGUUUCCGGAGGGCCGCUUUAGUCAGGCAAGACUGGAUGCGGUUUUGGAGGCGCUCGGCGGUGACAAGAACAAGCUAGUCAUUGACCUGAGCUGCCGUCGUCGCGGCGUGGAUUCUUGGUUUGUGGCCAUGAACAAAUGGCAGACAAUCACCGACAUGGAAGUCAAUCAAGAAUCCAUCAAGGCUCUGGAACCCUACUGCGCCGAGUUUCUGAUCCACGCCGCCGACAACGAGGGUCUCCAGAAGGGAAUCGACGAGAAGCUUGUGGAGCGGCUCGCCCAGUGGUGCACGAUUCCGGUGACCUAUGCCGGCGGUGGUCGACACCUUGAAGACCUAGAGGCCGUGAAGCAGCUCAGCAACGGCAAGGUGGAUCUCACAAUCGGGAGCGCAUUGGACUGCUUUGGGGGGUCAGGGGUCAAGUUUGACGAUUGCGUCGAGUGGAACAAGAGGCAAGGGAAUUAA